CACAAUUUUUACGAAAAGGCUCAUUCAGGAAGUAACGCGAUGUUUUCAGCAUCCUCUGAUCAUAGCUUUAGAAAGUGGUAUAUAAGCUCAUGUCCGAUAUAGGAUUAUUAAAAGCAUCAAGUUACAUGCUGUUGUGCCAUUAAAAGGCAAAAUGAGCAGCAGGCGGAAAAGCGCUGCUCCAGUGAAGGUGGAUGAGGAAGCAAAGAAAAAGCUUUGCUGGAGCAUGCAUGAUGGCAUUAAGGAUGACUGUUUCACUUUAGACUCCCUACAGGAUGACUCCCUUCCUGGUCCUAGUUCAUUGUCUUCAUCUUUCCUAAUUGUACAGGAUGACACAGUAGAUGAAGAACUUAACUGCUCCAGGGAGCAGAGCUCCUCGAGUUUCUUACAGUUUGUCGAAGAUGGGGAAGAGUCCUACUCCAGUUUACCACCCGUUUCCAUUCUUUUAAAUCUCACUGUAUCUUCUAUGCCGAGUGACUGCUGGAUGGAAUUGUUGGGGGAAUUCAGCCUUGAACUUGUGUCAGGACAGCUACCCAUUGAGAACAUUAACAAAUGCACUUUCAGUUUGAAAAAAGCCAGCAUGGGUGGGAAGCUUCUGAAUUUGGCCCUUAGCAAAGAGGAAGAUACAGGUGUUGAAGACAAUGAGCUGUAUGAAACAUUAAACAGUCAUGGUGAACUUUACUCCGUUGAAUGUUCCCUUAGAAUUUCAAUACUGGAAGAUUUUAUGUGGCUUCAAAAGAAACGGGUAUUGGGUUUGUACCACAGACAUUCUGAACGCUGUGAUGCUCUGAAGGUUGGAAUCUAUCUUCUAGAGUCUGGCCUGGCAAAGCCAAAUUUCCUAAGUGAAGCAUGUGGACGAAUAAGGAAAGCCAACCAGUUGAUUCAGAAGUUGAUGGAUUUUUUCUAUAAUUUUGAAAUUCCAGAUGUGUUGGAUGAAGAUGGAGAAGAAUCGGACAGGGAGCUGGAGAGGCAGAAUAUUGAAGAAUUGUACGACUAUGUGAGGUACUCGCACCAACAGGAUGUUAAUCGUCUGAGAGAAGAUGUUCAGCACCCUGCUCUGAUUCCUGUGCUGAGGCCUUAUCAGUCUGAAGCUGUAAGCUGGAUGUUGCAACGGGAACAUUUCAAGGGCAAGCCUACAAAUGACAAUAUGCUGCACUUUCUGUGGCGAGAGUUCACAACACCAGAGGGCACAGUGCUUUACUAUAACCCAUUUACUGGCAGCAUUAUACAAGAGCGUCCACUGGCUGGUCCUGAGUGGCCAGGAGGAAUACUUGCUGAUGAGAUGGGACUUGGAAAGACAGUGGAGGUUCUGGCACUUAUUCUGAUACACACUCGCCAGAACUUGACACAGGAUAUUCUAACACUGCCUGAGGGUCUGUCAGUUAACUACUUCAUCCCAGCCCCACCAACAGAAAAGGAAAAGAAGGUCAAAGAGAAGCAAGCUUGCCUUCAGCCAAAAGAAAAAGUAAACCAUCCAAGUUUGCGGGUGAUGAUCUUGACAGCUGUUAAAGAAAUGAAGGUCAAGCAAAGUGUUUCUAUCAAAGCAAUCUUCAAGUACAUUGGUACCAUAUAUAAUUAUAAUGUACAGAGGAACCUCCGAUUCCUAAAAAAGACAAUGGAGAAGUUAAUUUCAGAGAAAGUCCUAGAACAAGUAACAGGGCAUGGGAUGAUGGGAUCAUUCAGACUGGGAAAGAACAACAAGGAAGUGAAGAAAUGCACUGGAACCGCAAAGCAAGUAAAAGAAAGUCAGAGCCCUUCUAAUGCCAACGUCAGAAAAAGUCCUAGAAAGUCAUUGCCUAAUGAUGCUGUUGACAGUAAACCUGAGGCAACACUGGAGAGGCCAACUCAAAAUGAGCUAAGUGAUGGCAAAAUAUUACAGGACUGUAAUUUUAGUGACCAUGACUAUUGCAUGAGCAGUGAAAUAGCAGAGCAUAAUGUAGUGGAAAAGACAGAUGUUAAAAGUGAGGACUUCACAAGUUCUGCUGCUGUUAAAAGUGAAGAUGAUGGGAAAGAGAAAGGAGUUGAAAAUGCAAAUGUUUGCAUUAUCAGUCAAGAAAAUGUUGUUGACAACAAGAAAGAUGAAAAAGAUAAUUUAGAAUGCAGUGUCAGUAAGGAGCAUGCUGUUGUAUGUGUCACUGAAGUUGAAAAUACUAGUUUAGAAUACGACAUCAUUCAUGAGAAUAUUGCUGGCCAUGACAUGGAAACUGCAAAUGCUAGUUUAACAUGCAUCAGCAGUAAAGAAUAUGCUGACGGCCAUGACAUGGAAGAAUCAAAUAUAUCUGCUACUGAAGACUGUACAGAAAGUUCUAAUGAUGGGGGCAGAGAUGUUAUUGAAAAUCCAUUAGUACAGUGCAUUGGACCUGAUAAGGGCCAACCUGCCACACAGCACACACCAGUUUUCCCCUUCAGUACUGCAGACUAUCGUUUUGAGUGCAUCUGUGGUGAUCUUGGCUUGGUGGAUUACAAAGCUCGAGUACAGUGCUUGAACUGUCAGCUGUGGCAGCAUGCAGAAUGUGUCAACUAUAAGAAAGAAAACCUGGGAACAAUGGCUUUCUACUGUCCACACUGUCUUGUGGCUAUGAAACCAGUGUCCACUGGCGCUACACUGAUCAUCUCUCCAAGUUCUAUAUGCCACCAGUGGGUAGAGGAGAUAAACAGACAUAUCAGUUCUUCUUCACUUCGAGUACUGGUGUACCAAGGUGUAAAAAAACAUGGCUUCCUGCAGCCUCAUCUCUUGGCAGAACAAGAUGUGGUUAUCACAACGUAUGACAUUUUACGUAGUGAACUUAACUACGUGGAUAUCCCUCACAGUAACAGUGAGGAUGGGCGUCGGUUCCGGAACCAAAAGCGUUACAUGGCUAUUCCAAGUCCCCUGGUUGCAGUAGAAUGGUGGCGAGUUUGCUUGGAUGAAGCGCAAAUGGUAGAGUGCACUACAGCAAAGGCUGCUGAAAUGGCAUUACGUUUAAGUGCUGUCAAUCGUUGGUGUGUCACUGGGACUCCUGUGCAGAGAGGAUUAGAAGAUUUAUAUGGAUUAGUGCUGUUUCUUGGUGUUGACCCUUACUGGGUCAGACAUUGGUGGGAUCAACUUCUAUACCGACCUUAUUGCAGGAAGAACCAUCACCACCUGUAUAACUUGAUUUCCAAGAUUAUGUGGCGGUCAGCAAAGAAGGAUGUUUUAGAUCAGAUUCAGAUUCCUCCUCAAACAGAAGAGGUACACUGGCUACACUUCUCACCCGUGGAAAGGCAUUUCUACCAGCGUCAACAUGAUGUGUGCUCCCAAGAUGCACUGGUAAAACUAAGGAAAAUUUCUGAUUGGAGCUUAAAGCUAAGCAGUCUUGACAGGAGAACAGUGAGCACUAUUUUAUAUCCAGUUUUAAGGCUCAGGCAGGCCUGUUGCCAUCCCCAGGCAGUUCGAGGAGAGUUCCUACCAUUACAGAAAAGCACUAUGACCAUGGAGGAGCUGUUGAAAUCUCUUCAGAAGAAGUGCAGAACUGAAUGUGAGGAAGCACAUCGACAGCUAGUGUGUGCUUUGAAUGGUUUAGCUGGUGUCCACAUCAUCAGAGCUGAGUAUACCUGUGCAGCAGAACUAUACAGAGAAGUGUUGCGAUCUUCUGAGGAACACAAAGACAAACUCAAGACAGAUUCUCUGCAGAGGCUGCAUGCUACUCACAACCUAAUGGAACUGCUAGAAGCAAAGCAUCCAGGGAUCCCACCAACUCUGCGAGAUGAUCGACUGAAGGAAGAGGCUGAGCAACUUCAAAAGCACUACAUGAGCAAAUCAGAUGCUGAAGUUGCAGAGGCACAUCAGGCCUUGCAGCCUGUUCUGCAUAGUAUCAGAGAACUACACCGAAAGGUACACCCCGGUUCUCCCUGGUGGCUGGAUAUCAUCCAGUGUGCAGUGCAGUAUGCCAUUGAUGAAGAACUGGUUCUCCGUGUGAAAAAUGAACUUACGAGCAACUACAAGCAACAGAGUAGCAAACUUACCAUGGGAGACAAAUUUCAUGAUUGUAGGGGUCUGCAAUUCUUGCUGACAACACAAAUGGAUGAAUUGAAGAAAUCUCAGAAAAUAGUGAGAGAUGCCGUUAAGAAGUUGGAAGGCCCUCCCACACCAGAUGUUAUCCAGGCUGCUACUAUUUGCCAUCUCCGUCCAGUCAGGCUUCCACUUAACAACUGUGUUUUCUGUAAAGCUGAUGAACUUUUCACUGACUACGAAUCAAAACUGUUCUCUCAUACAGUUAAGGGACAGACUGCUAUUUUUGAAGAGAUGAUUGAAGAUGAAGAGGGGCUAGUUGAUGACCGUUUACCCACCACAAGCCGUGGACUUUGGGCAGCAAGUGAGACAGAGCGUGCUCUGAAAGCUGUGCUUUCAUUUUCAAAGACACACCGCAUGGAUACUUCACUGAUUGAAGAAGGCAAUGCAUUUAUGGAGCUCUUUGAAGCCUGGAAGAAGGAGUACAAGUUGCUUCAUGAAUACUGGAUGGUACUGAGAGAUCACGUCUCUGCCAUUGAUGAACUUGCAAUGGCAACUGAGCGUCUGCGAGUGCGUCAUCCCGAUGAGGCAAAACCAGCCCAGCAUGUCCACCAUAUUAUUGAACCCCAUGAGGUGGAACAGACUCGAGUAAAACUAUUAAAUGACAAAGCUGUGGCUACUUCUCAGCUCCAGAAGAAGCUUGGUCAGCUCCUCUACCUUAGAAACUUGGAGAAGUCCCAGGACAAAACAACCGGUGGUGUCAAUCCAGAACCCUGUCCAAUCUGUUCUCGUGAGUUGGGGAAGCAGUGGGCUGUAUUGACUUGUGGACAUUGUUUUUGUAAUGAAUGCGUGGCCAUUAUGGUAGAACAGUACAGUGUUGGAAUGCGCAGAAGUUCUAUUAAGUGUGCAAUCUGCAGACAGACAACAUCGCACAAAGAAAUUUCGUACGUAUUCACUGCUGAGACUGCAGAUAUGGAAGAGGAUGUUCCAGUGAAAGGAAGCCAUUCUACCAAAGUGGAGGCCGUAGUCAGAACCCUGAAGAAAAUUCAACUAAAAGAUCCAGGAGCCAAGGCUUUGGUUUUCUCUACUUGGCAAGAUGUGUUGGAUAUCAUUUCAAAUGCUUUAACUGAAAACAACAUGGAAUUUGCCCAGAUUAAUGGAAUACAUAAGUUUCAGGAAAAUCUUUGCAUGUUUAAAUAUGAUCCUGCAAUCAACAUUCUGCUGCUGCCCCUUCAUACUGGUUCUAAUGGGCUGAACAUUAUAGAAGCUACCCAUGUCUUGCUGGUGGAACCCAUAUUAAAUCCAGCUCAUGAACUCCAGGCAAUAGGACGAGUACACCGCAUAGGACAAACACGGCCUACAUUUGUGCACAGAUUUCUGAUAAAAGCAACAAUAGAAGAAAGAAUGCAGUCCAUGCUUAAAACAGCUGAUAGAAGUCACAGCAGUUCAUCAAUGAAGCAGUCCGAAGCAUCAGCCUUGACUGUAGCAGAUCUAGCAGACCUUUUUACAGAGGAAAAUGAAGAACUUGAAUGAAGAUCCCCACCACUUGAUUGACAGAAAGACACAGAUGAUAUUUUUGCUGCAGCCACACAUGGCAACUAAGAGCAUCUAAAUUGCAAAGAAAUAAUCCAACAGUGUAUACAAAUGAAUCUGUAAACCAUCCUUUGCAUUGCCUUUCCUGCACUUUGUUUGCCAUUGUAGUCAUGACAGCAUUUAUGUGCAUGCAGAUAGGCUGGCCGAACAAUGAAGAAAAAUAUUUUUGUAGCAUCAUUUUUAAGAAGAUUUUCUAUUUAUUUAUAAAAGUUAUACUGUUGAUAUUUCUGAGCUCUGCUUCAGCAGUACAUAGGUUGACAUAUGCGGGCUGAUUCACACUGUAUUUGUAUAGUUUGAUUCAGCCUGUAUUUUAGCUUUACAGUGCAGUUGUCUGGGGACCAAGUUAAUAAUACCCAUUUGUUAUCCAGAUAGUCCCUUUUCAGAGGCUACCUGGGAAUAAUGUCUGGUUAAGUGACUUGCUCAAGUUCACACAGUUAGCAAGUGAGGGCUGAGAGAAUUAAACCCUGUACCACAGGAACUACAACUCACAGCCUUAACCCUCUGCACCAACUGUCACAUAGUUGAAACCAUUUCAUUACUGAAGUUCCAGUCUGUUCCAGAACCACUAGCUUACUUGUUAUUGUUUGGCUACUCUUGUGUGAAUGAAAAAACAUUGCUUAUUUGACUGUAUAAACCAUUGCAUGAGAAACAUUUUAACAUGGAUGUGAUUCAUAGGCACUGGCUAAGGGAGUGCAGUUACUAUUGUGGAGUAACCACCUUAGAACUUGGAGAGAUGUCUGCUGUCCUGCUGUUGGGGAGUCCAGUCACCACUGUAGGGAAAUCACUGUAGAACUUUGGGAGAGAUUUCUGUUGUCCUGCUGCAGCAGCUUUUGUUUGUUAGAAUCUGUAAAUGGCCAAACAUAGGCUGCCCCUUUCUUAGCAGGGUUAGUACUGAUUGCAUAUACUGAAUGGUGGUAAAAGAUUGUCACCAGAACUGACAGAACAGUAACUGCCAUCAGCAUACCUCUCAACCUGGAAACAUCAAAAAUCUGGACAAGGCCCAUGAAAAAUAGGUACAAAUCUG